GCCGAGACCUGGGUGCUCACGGCCAGAGCCGUGUCGGGGAGCUCAGUCCCCGCCUGGCUGGGGCUUGUACAUCCCACGUCUGAGCAACCAGAAAGCUCUGACCAAGCCCAUCCCCACGUCAAACCGCAGCUGUCCUCCCCACCUGAGCUCAGCUAGCAUGCCGGACGGGGCAGGCAUCACCCCAUCACCCUGCCGUGACAGCAGCAUCGCUUUCCGCAAGGGAUCCGUUCCCUGGUGUAAAACAAAAAGGACUCGGGUGGCGCGGGGAGGCGGCACUGUAGGAAAUGGGGGAAGCCCUUUCCCCUGCGCCCGCCCGCCCGGCUGGGGCCGCGGAGCUACUGGGCUGUGACCUAAAAUACGGGGCAAUGGCCAUCAGCGGUGCUCGGCUGUGUUAUUUGGGUCUAUCUCAGGGCCGAGAGCACGUGGCCAGGAUGAAACCGCAGGAGGAAUCAAACAGCGAGGAGAGGAGAUAAAAAUCAGGCUGAAGCAAGAGAAGAGAGGGGAAGCCUGCGAGUGCAGAGGGAACUGCCUGGCCGAGUGGCGAGGAGGUGAGCUCCCGGCAGGCCUGCAGCUUGCCCCGGCUGGGCAGUGACCCUUGCGCUGUGGGGAGAGACGGGAGCCUCCCAGCCGAUCCCGCCAGGCGCCCAGCAUCGUUGCCGCGAGGCCGUCGGGAAGACGGCAUGGAGGUCUGGCUGGCUGGUGGCUUUCUGCCCCUGCUGCUCCUUGCCUGGCUGCCUGCUGGACUUGCUCGCCAGAUUUCAGCCCCAGUUGAUGAGUUGGUAGGGUUAGAUCUUGUCUUGCCAGUGCUUGCUCCAGACAGACUCAAGCAGCACCACCGGGGAGGUAAGGGGUUUAAUACCCCCCAAAACAAUGGAAAAAAGCAGAACAAAGGUGGCGUGGAGAGGAAUAAGGGUUCUACCCAGCUCGUCUUCACCAGCGUCAACGAAGCACAUACAGGAUCGUGCACAUGCAGAAUGGAGAACACAAUGAACGUGCCUGACAGCAGAUGUAAAUGGAACACGCACGUUGUGAGACCCAAGCUCGCCAACACCCACAGGAGCAGAAAGAAAGGACUGAGGAAGGGAGAGGAGAGAGGGAAGAGAGGGAGGACUCUGCUGAGAAGGUGUGAAGUGACUUCAGCUCAGAGCCUCAGCAGCAACUCUGAAGUACUCCAGAGGACAGCCAGCCGUCCAGAAGAGUCAGUCAUCUCCAUGGAGUGCAGGUUCAAGAUUUGUUCAGAGAAUCUCAAGGUAUAUAUGAAGUGCUACAAACCUGCACAUCUGGAGGAGAGUGAAACCAACACCAUGGCUCUGGAAAUAGAUUGUACCAAUCUCAUCAGUCUCAGCAUAUGUGCAGCCAAGAUGGGAAACUGCGUGUGUGGGGCGUACGUCACAGGAAUGAACUCGACAGACUCUGGAAAUGGCACGCAAUGGACAAUUCCCAUUCUGUCUGUAGGAUUCAACUUCCCCCUGUGUAUCACCUUCGGCUUAGCGCUUGGGACACUUCUUUACAUGCCGAUAAUUGGCCUUCUGCUGUGGCAGUGCAGAAAGAACAGAAAAGGAAAGCUUGCAAGCAGGCAAGUGGUGGAGGGGAACGAGCUCAGCAUGGCAGCCCCGGUGACAGGGACUGAGGACCUGACCUACGCCGACCUGAAGUUUGAAAAGAAAGGGACAAAAUCCGCCUCCUCCAAUGUCAUUUACACCCAGAUCAAACCACCUCGACAAAAGCAGAGAGGAGAGGACGCUGGUGCUGCUGACGCAGGGGUGGAUGCCUCCCCCAAGGCAGAGGGCAAAUGAGGGAGAAGGGAAGGACAAGCAGCUUGUUGUAUGCCUGUUGGGGUCAUCAUCCCUGAGAACUAAGCCUUAGCUCGUACAGAAGUGCAAUCUGGGCAACAAAAGCCACCUAUAUACUCCCAAAUGGCUGCACCACUGUGCUUUAUGUUCCCCUGGAAGAAGCCAUCUCCUGUGGUGAGGACAGGGCUCUUCCAGACGGUUUUCCACGCACCUUCCUGCAGCCCCAAGCGCCGCCAAGCCUCCGCAACUCCUUUCACAGUCUCCGGUCACUGACAGGCUUCUCUAGCAACUUGCUCUGUGUUUCAGCCAUGUCACCGUGCACCACAUAGCCACCAUGGUCCAGGAAGCACUUGCUGUCCCAGACUUGCUGGGUGGGGUGACCGUGAGAAGCUCCUCUCGGUGCUGGGAAAGUCCUGGAGCAAUUUUCUGGAUUUUCUCUGGAGCAGGCACCUGCUGUGACCUGGGUUGACCUUGCUCUGGUUCAUUCUCUUGAAACACAAGGAUGGAAAGGCAUUGUUUGCUUCGCAGAGGCGCAACACGGGGCCUGCUGCAGUGAUCUACGUGGAUCUGCUUCGUACCAGGAGUGGACGGGUGUCCUCAUGCAUGUAGAGCUUUCCUGUAAUUUGGAAAAAAAAAGAAAAAAUAAAA